AUGCCCUCUGCAACAAACCACCCCCUAGACGUCGCUAUUAUCGGCGCCGGCCUCGGCGGGCUCGCUGCGGCCGUGGCGCUGCGUCGAGAGCAUCACAACGUCACCGUGUACGAGCGGUACGAUUUUGCGGGUGAGGUUGGUGCGUCGCUGAGCGCUGCGCCGAAUGGGUCGAAGCUUCUGGAGAGGUGGGGGGUUGAUAUCCAGGCUGCUAAGCCGGUGAUUCUGCGCAAACUCAUCAUGCACGACUGGGCGACUGGCAAGACGCAGAAUGAGUAUCCGCUUGGUGACUAUAGGGCGAGAUUUGGCACUGAAUAUAACAACUUCCACCGCAUCGACAUCCACGCCCAACUCCGCAAAUCCGCCUUUGAAGAGCACGGAGACGGUCCACCCUGCAUCCUCAAAGUAAGCCACAAGGCAAUCGCCAUCAACCCCGAAGCCGGCACAAUAACCUUUGAAAACGGGCACAGCACCACCGCCGACCUCGUCGUCGCAGCCGACGGCAUCCGCUCGCUCACCCGCCUGCAACUCGGCAUCACCCCCAACUACACCCUGUCCACAUCCUGCUGCUACCGGUGCAUCAUCUCGGCCUCGAAACUGCGCGCCCUGGGACUCGACGACUACAUCGACAACGAGGCAAUCGAGUACUGGGGCGGGUUCGGGAUCAACAAGAUCGUCAUGAGCCCGUGCAGUAGCGGCGACGUGGUAAGUUGCUACUGCUUCUACCCGUCGGAAUAUAAUAAUCUGCGCGAGGAUGGGUGGAACAUCGCGGCGAGCCCGGAACAGCUCCUCGACACGUUUCCGGAUCUGGAUCCGAGGAUGCGGGCUCUUUUCGCCGACGCCGAGGAUGUCAAGAUGUGGAGGUUAUACCGGCACGACCCCUAUCCCUACUGGACAAGAGGCCUCGUCUGCCUCCUCGGCGACGCCGCGCACCCGAUGAUGCCCGAUCAAUCGCAAGGGUCGUGCAUGGCGUUUGAGGAUGCCGGUGCGCUGGGUCUGAUAUUCCACCGGGGGUUCCGCGAGGAGUAUACAGUCGAGACUGGUCUGAAGCUAUACGAAAGGCUGCGCAAGCCACGGGCAACCCGCGUACAGGAGGCGAGUUUCCGCGCGAGAGAAGAUCUUAAUGAGCGCAUUGGAUGGUCGUCCAAGACCGAUCGCCCCGGCAAGUUGACGAUUGAGGAGGUUUGCGGGUAUGAUAUGCAGGGCCAUUUACGCGAGUUGUUAGCGGGCGGGGUGUAG